AAUCUCCAAUAAACCGACUGUCACUUCUGCCUUGAAGAGGCGCUCUGCCCACCAUGUUUGCCGGCAAGCGCCUGAGCAAGGAGCUCCUAAAGGUACCCUUCCCUAAUACCUGCAACAUUCACCCUACCAGAUCGAUCACAGCCAUUAUCGACUCUCCAAUGGCGCUACUCCCUCACAAAUCAACUAACCCCCCCACCACAGAUGAAAGACCACCUCCCCCCCGGGAUCACAAUCGUCAAGUCCGAAAACCUCGAGGAAUGGCAAAUGGACAUCAAAGUCCUCGACUCCAACCCGCUCUACCAGAACGAAAUCUACCGACUCAAAUUCACCUUCAGCAACAAGUACCCAAUCGAACCCCCCGAAGUCCAAUUCAUCGAAUGCCCACCCACCUCCGACCACCCCCGUCCCAUCCCCAUCCACCCACACAUCUACAGCAACGGCAUAAUAUGUCUCGAUUUGCUCAGCUCGGCAGGCUGGUCACCCGUACAGACGGUCGAGAGCGUCUGCAUGAGUAUUCAAAGCAUGUUGACCGCCAAUUCGCGCAAUGAGCGACCUCCCGGUGAUAGUGACUUUGUGUCGUAUAAUCGGAGGAGACCUAGGGAUAUUAAUUUUCAUUAUGAUGAUGAUAAUGUAUAAUAUUUCAGGGGACUGGGGUGGGGGGAGGGGGUGAAAUUAUUGGUGGUGGAUGUUGCAUUGAUAUUGGCGCGUGAUCUUGAUCUUCCAUUUUCAGUUUACAUCAUAUUCAAGUUACCCUUUUUGAUUCGCUAUUUGCUUUGCUUGCUUGCUUGAUUCUUAUCAAGGCGAACAAGGAGUUUAACUGGAUUUCGGACGGAGCGUUGGUAUUAUGCAUGAAAUGCAUUUACGUGUGGGUUUUAUUUAUUUAUUUUUUUUUUCUUGUUUACUCUUUCUUUACACAGUUACAUCUCCUGUCUUAUAUAUUACAACAUACAUACAUAUACAUAUUUCGCUACACUCUCUCUUCGGUACACAGACAACUGAAAAUUGAC